AUGUCCGGAAAGUGUACAGAAGGACGACAUACCAGACAAGUAUCGAUGGAAGAACAAUCGACGAGUUCCACCGAUCCAUAUCGAGACCGAAGUUGGCUGGGUGGUUGCUCGUUCCCGAAGCGAUCCUCCGGGGCAGUGCUAGGAUCACAUGGCUGGCCACCUGACCAAUCAAAAAGCUACUCAAUAUUUUACGCCCGCAGUCCCGCUUUCAGGGAAGGUGUAAUGGUGAGCCCUUUCAACACCGUGGAUCUGUACCCCCUGAUGAGCAAACUUCUUGGAAUGAACCCGCGUCCAAAUAAUGGCUCAAUUGAAAAUGUCACAGUUGUCCUAAGACAGCCACCCAUCAGGCCAAUCAGAAGGUCAUCCCAAUUCGAGGCUUGAGUCAGGAAAGUUCAGCAUUUCUUUUGAAUUAAGUAGUUGUUAAAAAAUAUGUUUAAUUUCUCGGUGGUAACUCAAUGGAAUAUUUUGAAUAAGGAUAUGAGAAAAUGAGGAGUUUAUAUUACUUUCAAUGAUUGGGUAAAAUUUUAAAACUAUAAUUAGUUAGAAUAAGUAAGUUAAGAAAGAUGUUUCUUCGUCUGGUCAUGAGCGUGGGACAAAGAAAAAAUUCUGAGUCCCCAUGAGGAAUCGAACCUCAGACCUUCGGAGUUUGAGGAAUCGAACCUCAGGACCUGAACGUAAUGAUUUCACCGAAGAGUCUCUGUGGCUCAGUGGUAGAGCCUCAUCCGAAGGUCUGAGGUUCGAUUCUUUGUCCCACGCUCGUGACAAGACGAAAAAUUUUAAUUCUUCACCGAGCUCAAAACUUACCAUCUCUACUAUUUCUAUCUAAUAAGUAAGUUUUUGAAACAAUACACGUAAACUAUUCACUUUGUGGCUCAUUGUUUUAGCAUCGGAGCAAGAUGGCAAAUUUAACCGAAGGUCUGAGGUUCGAUUCGAGUCACUUAUAUGCAAAUAGGUAUCAAGAAUAACCGAUUUGCGCCGAAUUCAAUACUCCAUGGAAUUGCUUAUUUCAAAACAGCUUGAUCACAGUGUGAAGUUUUACUGUCACUUUUUGAGACUAUUACUUGCAAUUUUGAUUAUUCAACUUUGUUUCGAAAUCAAAUAUAUCUUGUUAGACGUUUUUUCGGUUAUCAAUAUCCAAAAUUUUUUGCAUAUUACAUGCUAGACUGAGCACGACUUUAGAGAUGCGUUUUAUACUCACGUAUUAAGUAAGACGUGGAGAUGUUGAUACUGUUUAUUCUCCGGCUCUCGUUUGUUUUCACCGAUGCUGUGGCAGAGGUCAAGGAUGAUCAGCCUCCGCUGAUAAUAGUAUCACUGGAUGGAAUGGAUUGGCGAGCACUGAAGAGUCAACGAUCCAAGACUACUAAUCUAAACUUCAUCGCACAAACUGGAGUCAACGCCGAAUACAUAAAAAAUGUUAUGCCGACCUCUACAUGGCCCAAUCAUCAUACUUUUCUCACUGGUCUGUACUCGGAAAGUCACGGUAUUGUGGAUAACAGAUUUUGGGAUCCUGUGUACGAAGAAGAGUUUAUUUUCGCUUACGACUGUUCAAACUUUGAUCCCAAGUUUUACAAUGCAUCAGAGCCAAUAUGGCUUAGUCUGCAAAAACAAGGAGGACGUAGUGCAUCGUACUUUUGGCCUGCAACAACCAGUUACUCAGUCAAACCCACAUACUACGAAAAGGAAACCUGCUUCGGCAUAGAUUGUGGUGCAAUCGAUUCUAAGGACCUUCCAAAGUACAGAAGUAGAACUCUUCCACCUGGCUCAGGUGCGCCAUACGUCCACUGUGUGUUCGACUUGAGAGGUCCGUGGUCGGCACGGGUAGAUAAGGCGGUAGAGUGGCUUAGUUUGGACAAACCACCGCAUUUCAUCGCUCUCUAUUUUGAACAGCCCGACAUGGUAGGUCACUCACACGGGGUUUCCUCAGAGGAGUACAGGCAGAUGGUGGAAAAUGUUGAUGUCAAUGCCGUUGGAUACUUACUCAAGCGUUUAAAUGAAAGCGAUUUUCUGCAAAAGGUGAACUUGAUAGUCAUUAGCGAUCACGGAAUAGAUAACACUCCCGCGAGUCGUCGAGUGUACUUAGAUGAUUACAUCGAUCCCUCGAGUUACACAGUGCUACAUACGGGGUCUGUACCAGCCCACAUCUGGCCUAAGCUAGGAAUGACAGACAUCAUUUACCAAAACCUUACAAGAAAUUCAAUACCUCAUGUCCGUGGAGUUUACAAAAAAGAGGAAAUACCCGAUGAGUAUCACUGGAAGAAUAAUCGUCGAAUUCCUCUGAUCUUUAUCGAAACUGAAGUUGGUUGGGUGGUAACACGUUCUCGAAACGAUACUUUACAAGACCAAGGGUCACAUGGCUGGCCACCUGACCAAUCAAAAAGCUACUCAAUAUUUUACGCCCGCGGUCCCGCUUUCAGGGAAGGUGUAGUGGUGAACCCUUUCAACACCGUGGAUCUGUACCCCCUGAUGAGCAAACUUCUUGGAAUAAACCCACGUCCAAACAACGGCUCAAUUGAAAAUGUCAAAGACGUUCUUAGAGAGGGACAAACCACCGCCGGAAAAGUGCUGCAUCACCUCUGCUUGAGGCUUGUGUUGCUAACACUUCUUAUGGCCUUCGCAUUUAUUAACAAUUGA